CCGUGUGUGCCAGAGAGGAAGACGCUUCGCUCCUUCUGCCGCUCGCACCCGCACGGGGAGGGUCCGCUUCCCGCAGCUCCCAGUCAUGAAGACAGUAGUGAAGUAUCUGUUGGGGUUGCUUGCGAUUGCAGUGAUUGUUAUUGCCAUAGCUGUUCCUGUAGCUUUACUGACAAAAAGUACCACAUCUGACCCGCGUAGAAGGUUUACCUUACAGGAUUAUUUAGAUGGUGACAUUAGAUACAAAACAUAUAAUUUACAAUGGAUUUCAGGAAAUCAAUACCUGCACAAAACUGCUGACAACGACGUCGUGCUUGGAAAUGCUGAGAAUCAAACAAUCUCAGAAGUUCUGAAAAAUAGCACAUUAGCCACAUAUGGAGCAACCACAGCUAUAUUAUCUCCUGACCAAAAAUUCGCUCUUCUUCAAUACAACUAUGUGAAGCUCUGGAGGCAUUCAUACACGGCUUCAUACCACAUCUAUGAUUUAAAUACAAGAUCUUUAGUAACUGAGAAUCUACUGCCUAAUGAUACCCAGUACAUAUCCUGGUCACCUGUUGGUCACAAACUGGCAUAUGUUUGGAAUAAUAACAUUUACAUAAAAGAAUCACCAGGUGUGUCGAGUGUGCAGAUCACCACAAAUGGAGAAGAAAAUAAAAUUUUUAAUGGAAUAGCUGACUGGGUGUAUGAAGAGGAAAUGUUUGGCACCCAUUCUGCUCUGUGGUGGUCUCCAAAUGCCAGUUUUCUAGCAUAUGCAGAGUUUAAUGAUACAGAAGUUCCUAUUAUGGAGUAUUCCUUUUAUGCAGAAGACACGCUGCAGUAUCCAAAGACCAUUAAACUCCCAUAUCCCAAGGCAGGAGCUGCAAAUCCUACUGUAAAAUUAUUUGUUGUGAAUACCCAAGCUCCUCCCACUGUGAAUUCCAGUGAAAUUAUUGCACCAGCUAGCAUAAUAUCAGGGGAUCACUAUUUGAGUGUUGUAACAUGGGUAACAGAUGAAAGGAUCUGUCUGCAGUGGCUCAGAAGGAUUCAGAAUUUUUCAGUCCUUGUGGUCUGUGACUUUACAAGAGAGAAUGGAAUGUGGCAAUGUCCAGAGGGCAAACAACAUACAGAAGAAAGUAAAACUGGCUGGAUCGGCACAUUUCAGCCUUCUGACCCUUACUUUGCAUCUGAUAAUAUUAGCUACUACAAAAUUUUAAGCAAUACAGAGGGCUUCAAGCACAUCCACUAUAUCAACAGCACAGGGAGCAGAAUACCUAUUACACAUGGAAAAUGGGAAGUAAUCAGCAUAGAAGCUGUAACCAAUGACUUUAUAUACUACAUCAGUAAUGAAUUUGGUGGAAAGCCAGGAGGAAGAAACCUUUAUAAAGUGUUGGUUGGAAAUGGUCCAACCACACCUAAGUGCGUGAGCUGUGAUCUGGACAAAGACAGAUGUCAGUAUUAUUCUGCAUCCUUCAGCAAUGAUGCACAAUAUUAUCUGCUGAAUUGUUAUGGUCCCGGCCUGCCCACUUCUAUGCUGUCCAGAAGUAGUGACGAUCACGUCAUCAGAAUUCUGGAAAACAACACAGAUUUGGACAGUAUGUUGAAGGAUAUUCAAAUGCCUUCCAAAAAAGUUGACACCAUUACUCUGAAUGGAUACACAUUGUGGUAUCAGAUGAUCUUACCUCCCCAUUUUGAUUCAUCAAAGAAGUACCCUCUGCUCCUUGAUGUCUAUGCAGGACCUUGCAGUCAGAAAGCAGAUUAUGCCUUCCGUAUCAAUUGGGCUACAUACCUUGCAAGCACAGAACAGAUCAUUGUGGCUAGCUUUGAUGGCAGAGGAAGUGGCUACCAAGGAGAUGAAAUUAUGCAUGCAGUAAAUCGAAGACUGGGAACAUAUGAAGUAGAGGAUCAAAUCUCAGCAGCUAGAAAAUUUUCUGAAAUGAGCUUUGUCGAUAAGAACAGAAUAGCUAUUUGGGGCUGGUCUUAUGGAGGGUAUGUGACCUCCAUGGUGCUUGGAUCUGGAAGUAAAGUGUUCAAGUGUGGAAUAGCUGUAGCCCCGGUGUCACGCUGGCAAUAUUAUGAUUCAAUAUAUACAGAGCGUUACAUGGGUCUUCCGGUAGCAAGUGAUAAUCUGAAAAAUUAUGAGAGUUCAACAGUCAUGGCCAAAGCUGAAAAUUUCAAAGACGUUGAGUAUCUCCUUAUUCACGGAACAGCAGAUGAUAACGUUCACUUUCAGCAAGCAGCACAGAUCUCCAAAGCUCUUGUUGAUGCCCAGGUGGAUUUCCAAGCAAUGUGGUAUACGGACAAAGACCAUGGCAUUGGAGGACAGGCACACAGCCAUAUUUACACCCAUAUGAGCCAUUUCAUAAAGCAAUGUUUCUCAUUGCCCUAGCACCAAAACGGCAUUCCAUACCAUACUGGGAUUUCUUUAAUAAUGGCACUUUUCCAGUAGAUUCUCUCAUCUAAACUUGCACUGAGACAAUAUAACUAUUUUUGAGACCAUCUGAAAACAGUUUUUUAAAUCCUUAAUGACCAUGUACACAUCAUGUCAAUUUUUAUGACAAAGAUGCGAUAGUUGCUUGGCAACAGAGGUUAUUUAAAUUUGUUUUAAAUCAGGUUUUAUCAGCACAAGAAUGUUUACAUGUCAUUUGCCAAAUUUCC